AUGAAGUCGAGCAGAUCCAGCAAAAGUAAAUCGAAGAGUAGUAGUGGCGGUGGCGGCGGUGGAGGAAGCAGUGCGUGGAGCGAUUGGAUUUGGUCGAAUGAGUACCAAAAAUACUACAUGCGUCGAACGAGGAAUGGCCAGCUGGAGUAUCACUGGCAAGAAGUGCAAGCUGCUCAACAACAGCAUGCUGAAACGGUUCCGCGCGAGCAGCCGAAUGUGGAGGAGUUGACAAACGGCUUUGACAACCUCUCAACCUCCCCUUCCUUGACAGAAAGUGAUUAUAGCUAUGCUCCACAAGGCGAGGAAGGCAUCGAUGCCUCUUAUGCAUACCCAACUUCGUCGACACCUUACGGCACUUCGAGUCGGUCAAGAAAGGGCAAGGAGACAGCAUACGAAGACCAGCCGCAUGAUGGGGAGGAGACCCAACCCGAAGAGCCAGCCCCACCGUUGGACCCUUUCUGGGGUGCCGAGCAGGAGGCUCCUCAGGGUUACAUGCCAGAGCCGGCUGCGCAUCAGGAUCAAGAUUUAGACUCUGGAUACGGGACAACAGACGCAGAUGGUUACGAUCAUAACGCAAUCCUGCAGGAAGCCUUGACGGAGGCAUACGGUCAGGAGAGUCAAGGCGGACCGUCAACCGAGCCAGCAUAUGGUGGGCUUUGA